AUGUGGGGGAUGACCGAAUGUCGGGGUCUCUCUCCGUCUCGCCGCCAGCGUCUGCUGCGUCUUGCAGGUUUCAACGGCCUGCUGCUGCUUUGCCUCUCCAUCCUUGCCGCCUGCGAACCGGAAACGAAAAAUGACCGCCCCAGCAAGCUGCCGGAAACGACAUAUCCCGAGUUUCGCUUCGGGCCCGCAAUCCGUCCACGAAAACGAAUACCGAGUCGGCAGAGCGCAGCUGCGUGGAUGCGCCUCUUUGGAGAUAUGACCCUCACCGAGCUCGCGCUUCCGGCAACCGUGCACAGCACUCUAACCGACGUGACCGCUCCGCGUUACAUGGACCUCACCCAUGCCCAGAAUGUCGAUAUAAACCGCCAGCUGUACGAUGGCAUCCGUUCCUUUGAUGUGCGACCAUGGAGGAACAGUCGAGACGGCCGGUGGUACUCCGAAGCCCCAUGGAGACUCGAAGAAGACCUCGUGACGCUUCGAAAGGCGGUGUCUUCGUUUUCCCAGCUCAGCUCUAGCCCGAUUGCCGCGCUCCCCCAUUCGCUCCAAAACACAAUCGACUUGCACUCUCGUACUACGCUGGAGGACAGCCUUUUCCGUCCGGUUCAGCGUUUCCUGCGCUCGAACGGCAGCGAGGUUGCCGUUGUCGUCUUUUCCGCCUUAAACGGCAAUCGCCGGGGCGGCGUGAACUCUGUGGAGCAAGCAUCGUCUCUGGGGGCGAUGCUGAAACGGUAUGCCGACUACAACCAGCCUGGCGCGAAGGCCGAUCCGUCGAGUCCUCUUCCACCGUUCAGCGAUCUUUCCAGCCCAACGUUUGUUGAAGGCCAUCCAGGAGGUGACACGAACAGGAAGGGAAAAGGGAAGCCGCCCACAUUCGAGGUGGUUUCUCCGUCGGAUCCUUCCGCUUCUUUUAUGACCUCGGCCGUGCGCAAACCACUGACGUACGAAGAUGUCCAGGCUCUUUUAGAGCUCAUCGACGAAUACUGGGGCCAGCUGCUGCCUCGCCAUGAUCACGUCUUCUUCGGACCGCCCGUGAAGAAAGAGGCACGGGAGCCGGCGGGAUCCACCGCCUUUCCCGGUGCGGCUGGCCGCCCUCAGGAGGCCGCACUCAAGCGCGCAGACGCCGACGCAUCGGGCCCUGCGUACCCCAUGGCCGAGUCGGUCAAUAGGCCGGAAGUUUUCGCUAAAUGGUUGCGACAGCAGGGUGAAAUGUAUUUAUCUGAACUGCCGGUUCGGGAAAUUGUCGGCGCGCGUGUCCAGUUGCUGCUCUUCGUGGAUGACCCUCUCGUCGCAUGGUACAUAACUACGUUUUCGCAUGAACACGUCAUGGUCUUCGUCGCUGGCGAUCACAUCUACGACGUGAGCUACCGGAGUGAAGCUCUCUUUGCGCCGUGCGGCAUUCCCCACAGGACUGGACCCAUAGGUGACGAGCUGACGUUGACGAAGGAACGUUCGUGGACGGAGUGUCGCAGCAAGUGCGAAUCUCUCUCUUCGACGCACCUACCCACUGGGUCACGAGGAGCCUGUACCUAUUGGACCUUCGGCCCUGUCCCCUCUUCGUACGAGAACAGCAACGCCGGCGACAACUCCGCUCCCACCGCGCCCGUGUAUGACUGCCGCACUUUCGCCGGUUCAUUUACCGUCCAGAAUUUAGCCCCUCGUAUAGGGGCGGUCACCCAGGCUGUAGACUGUGGCCCGUCGUCACUCAUGGAAGACCCUAUGCAGUGGAGCGCGAGUUCGCUUUUCUCAGAUCUUACUGAAGCGGUGUGUCCAAUCGCAGGUGCCGGCGUCUCGGCAGUGUCGCUAAACGUGUUGCAACCGUUUGCGAGGGAACUCUGUCUCUUAGAUACUUCAGGCGCUUCCAGCAGCGCCUCUCGAAGACGCCGCGGUUCCAAAUCUGGUGCCCCGGUUGCCCGCGGUGUACAAGCACUGAAAAAGCUUAUCCGUGUCCAUUUCGCACCGUCGUCGCCCCUGUUCUUCGUGGACGGAACUCGUGGAGGCAAACGCCAUUUUGGAACCGUCGAUGUUACUGCUCCUAUGAACCGGCUAACCGUGCCAUGGGUGUACUGGCAUUUAGAGCGGCAGCAGCUGCUCGAAGGUUUGUUGACCGGAACUGGGGAGAGCCGGGAAUUGCCUGCCGGGAUUUCCCGCGCACGCGGCAGUCGCGGGGGCCAACUCACACGGCCGGUCAAUGCGCUCAUGGUCAUGCGGUACGACAGCUUAAACAACGAGAUCCGCAACGGACAGCCUUUCAACUACUUCGAGAUGGUCAUGCAUCUCAAUCCCCUACCGGCCGCUGCUGCUGCUCUGGCCCUGGAGGGCGACGUGGGCGACUUCAGCGCCGAGCAUUAUCUCCACCUGACGGCCUUCCAUGAGUUGCCAGGCGAUUCGGAGGCAGGAGCCCUGUUCAGUGCUUUCGACUUGUCCAAGUCUUCAAACGCGCCUUGCAAAUCCAUGAUUUGGCUGGUUGUGUGCGUAUCCAUUUUGUGCUUGGUGGCGAUGAUUGUCGCGUUCGUGUGCGGCUCCUCCAUCAUCUGGAAGAAGCCACCGCCAUCCGCUCACGGAGACUGGGCCGCCGCGCCUAUCGCAGCUGCACAAGCAGGGGCGCCAACCGUCGUGCAGAUGGGAACCAUCGACGCAGCGUAG